AUGCCUCUGAGAUCCAUUCUUAGAUAUUUAGCUAAUAAUGAAAGGCUUGUGCAAAAAAUAGCUGAAUCAUAUCCUGUUAGGAGAGCUGCACAAAUGGCAGUGUCUUUAUUUUACAAAAGUAAAGAAAAGUUAUCAGAUGUGGAUCCUGAAAGAGCCAACAGAUUUAGAUCCUUCUUAAGAAAAUUUAGCCAAAAUUUGAAAGAGGGUAUAGAAGAUGCCAAGAAGCAAUUGAAAAAGUAGUAAAUUUUAGUGAUAGUAAUAAUUAUGUAGAAUAAAUUAAAUAUGAAAUCUUUUAUUAUAUUUACAACUGAAACUUCAUGAUGA